AACUAUAACCUUGCCACAUCAACACGAUGGAACCACAAACCUUCAUCUGUGAGGAUAUUGCAAUUGAAAUAUUCUUACGGCUUCCAUUGAAAUCCCUUCUUCGAUUCCAAUGUUUGUCCAAGUCUUUUGAAUCCUUAAUCUCAAAUCCAACUUUUGUGAAAUACCACGUUCAAAGGUCACAAAAAAAUACCAACCUUCUAUUCAAAUUCCAUGAUUACUAUAGAUCCUUUUCUAUGGUCAAUGAUAAAUCAUUAUCCACAAUUGUGGAAGAUUUUGAUUUUGGUUCCAGAUUGAAAUCAAAGUAUAAGGUUGUUGGUUCUUGUAACGGGUUGGUUUGUUUGAUUGCUGAAGAUUUUUUCAAGCAUCGUGCAAAAUAUUUAGUUUGUUUAUGGAACCCUUCAACCAAGUCAUUAUCCUAUAAACCAAGUCUUUUAGUCCAUUCUAGGUCAUGGGGUCCCUCUUGUUCUAUGUUUGGGUUUGGUUACGAUAGCUUAUCAGACACUUACAAGGUGGUAGUUCUGAAUUACAAGACUCCCAAAAAUUAUGAAUCAUUAGAAUAUGAGGUAAAUGUUUACAACAAACGAUACAAUUGUUGGAGAAAUAUUCAAAAUUUUCCCGGUUACAACCCUGUGACGAGAAAUCCUGGAAUGUAUUUGAAUGGUACUAUUAAUUGGUUAGCAACUUCAAAACUUGAUUGGGAAUGGAACAAUACUCUUUAUAUUGUUUCACUUGAUCUUGGGAAUGAAACACAUAAAAAAUUGUCUCUACCUUCAUGUUUUGAUCAAGCCCACCGUUAUGGUCAUUGUCGAGCUAAGCCAAGUCUUGGGAUUUUGAAAGAUCUUUUGUGUUUCUCUUAUGACGAUGUCGAAAGAACUCAAUUUGUUUUAUGGCAAAUGAAUGAGUAUGGGGUUGAAAGUUCUUGGACUCAAUUGUUGAAACUUAGUUAUCAAGCUCUUCAAAUUGAUCAAGAAUGUAUUUUACCACCAUUGGGGACUUUUAAGAAUGAUUAUUUGAUCCUUAUUGAGUCGGUGGAAGGAAGAUUGCAAACAACAAUUUUGGAUAAACAAGAAGCCAAUACUAAAAUUCCCAUGAAUAAGCUUUGGCUCUAUACUAAGGAUUAUGUACCAAGUUUAGUUCCACCAUGGUAAAAUUAGUUUUUUAACUGUUAGCCGGAACUUGGAGGUGAGUUUUAGGUUUUCUAUUUUAAAAUCAUAUAUAUGUUCUUAGGAGAAAUUAGUAUUUUAU